AUGUCGGUGCAAAAAAUCAAUAACUUAUUAAACAAUGGGGAAAUUAUCAACUUCAACUUGAUUUCUGACCAAUUGAAGUACACUCUUAUUGAUAUUUGCAACUUAUUACAAGAACAUUCAGCUUCAAUCAAAUCAUUACAAGAAGAAGUUAACCUCAGAUCGACUAAAAAAGAGGUGGCAUUACUCCAAGAGCAAGUGGAAGACAUGAAUAAGAAUAAUAAAGAGGCACUUCAGUCUCAAAGUGAAAAAGUUAAUAACAGAUUCGAAGAAAUGACGACAUUUAUUAACAAAUAUCAAAACACCCUUUCAGAAAAGAUUGAUUACAGCAAUAAAAAACUCAAGGAAGAGUUCGUUGCCAAAGAAAAAGACUUACAAGGAGAUAUUUACAUCGCAAACCAACAAAUUCGAGAAAUCAAUGUUAAAAUUAUCAGUCAAUCAAAUUUAUUACAAAAAUCACAGGCAGAAAUACAAAAAAUUAAUAAACUUCUCGAUACAGGAAAAGAUAAAUCUUUAGAAUUACUUGCACUUCGAAUUGAAGGCUGCGAAAACAAACUUAACAUAUUAACUUCCGAAAGCACAACCUUCCAGAAUGAUUUAACUUCAAAAGUUGAUGAAUGCGUUAAAUUAGCAAAUACGAUCAAGAAAGACUAUACAAAUGAAAUGCAUGCUUUGAGUGUUGAUCUUAAUGAUGUUAAGCAUAUGGUUGUUGAUGUUCAAGUGUUCCAAAACGAUGGAACACUCGAUACACCUGCAUUAAUCAGAGCUUUGCAAAGAGAUUCAAGAAGAAUUGAUAAGUUCGAUGAAACAAUUAAUGCUGUGAAAGAAGACCAUCUGAAACUCAAUCAAAUGUGUAUGAAUUUAAUUAAGACUUUUAACGAAUUACAAGUGAAUAUGGGCGAAAUGGUUGGCGAAAAUAACAAUUUUAGACGAAAUCUGAUGAAGAGAACUGAUGAAAACCAAGCUUUAAUUUUAGAUUUUUCUGAUGAAUUAGUUAAAGUUUCAAAUAACGUUCAUUCUAUAGUUGAUUCAAAUAUGAACUCGACUACACUUAUUUUGAAUUCAUUUAUUCAACUUUCUGCUUUCAUUCAACAUUUAACGAACAGACAAGUGCCAGUUCAGAUCAAUUUCGAUGACGCAAUGAUUAAUCUUCAACAACAGAACGAUUCCAUUAUAGAACAGAACGAAAAACUGGAAGAAAAAGUGAAAAAUGCUCAUUCAGAAAUGAAAUAUGGCCGCCAAGCAUCUGCAGACUUCACAUUACCUAUAACUAAUAUUCCUAUACCAGAAGAGUUGAUCAACCAGAUAAAUUCUACAAUAACAACUGUAAAAAGUGCACAAGAAGAAAAUUUGGAGAAAAAGGAAGAGGAAAACGCAAGGGUUGCAAUUAUGCAACCAAACGAAAUCGAAAAUAAACGUGUUAUACAAGGUUUAUCCACCAAAUUCGAUGGAUUUAUUGAAAAAAUUGAAGCAUUAAAGACAAUGAUUGAUGAAAAACUUGAUAGAAAGGCUGAUACACAAGUAGUUGAGCGUCUCAUGGAUAGGAAUAGAGUUGCCCUUAAUAAAUUGCGUGACAGACUCAAUGAAAUAGCAAAUGCAUUAAAUGAUCCAAGUAAGAAGGAUUCAAUUGACUUAAAAUCAUCAAGAACUACAACUAGUAGAUGUUCUUAUAAUUCUGAUCUGAUUAUUACCUCUAAAAAUCCAAAUAAUGGAAAUGCUCAAAUAACUCUUCCAAAAUUGCGCCAAAGACCUGAUCAAUCACAUCAAAUUAUUUAUGGGCAAGAGACAAGAUCACAAAGGGCUCCUUCAAUCGAUCAAUCUGCUCGAUAUUAA